AUGAGAGUAUUCUUGAAACUGCAAGUAUUUUUUGCAUUGUUUACUUCUUCAUUGUCAGUUUUGAACCCUGUAGUGCUAGUUCCAGGAGAUGGAGGAUGCCAACUAGAAGCCAAAAUCAAUAAGACCAAUGUUGUCCAUUAUAUUUGUGAAAAAUCCACUACAGAUUACUUCAAUAUUUGGCUCAAUCUGGAGCUACUAGUACCCCUAGUUAUAGAUUGCUGGAUAGAUAAUAUAAAAUUGAUUUAUGACAACCAAACAAGAACUACCAGGAAUAAUGAUGGGGUAGAUAUAAGAGUACCUGGAUGGGGGGAGACAGAAACAGUAGAAUGGUUGGAUCCAAGCCAUGCAUCUACAGGCUCAUAUUUCACAGAUGUGGCAGCCACUUUGGUGAAGCUUGGGCAUGUAAAAAAUCAGACAAUUAAGGGGGCUCCUUAUGACUUCAGAAAAGCACCAAAUGAAAACAAAGACUAUUUUGUCCGUUUGAAGUCACUCAUUGAGCAAACAUAUGAAGAAAAUAAUAAAACAUCUGUUAUCUUAUUAGCACAUUCUAUGGGAGGACCCAUGUCUUUGGUCUUCCUGAAUCUUCAGUCUCAGUCCUGGAAAGACAAAUAUAUUCGAAGCUUGAUAACAUUGAGUGCAGUAUGGGGUGGCUCCUUAAAAGCAGUUAAAGUAUAUGCAAUUGGCGACAAUCUUGGUUCUUAUGUUCUCCGUGAAAGCGUUCUGCGUGCUGAACAGAUAUCUUCUCCCAGUCUGGCAUGGCUGAUGCCGUCAAAGUUGUUCUGGAAACCCAACGAAGUUCUGGUACAAACGGAUAAAAAGAACUACACCAUAAAUGAUCUUCAGGAGUUCUUCAUGGGUAUAGGUUUUCCGGAAGGAUGGGAAAUGAGGAAAGAUACUGAACCGUACCAGCUUAAUUUCAAACCUCCCGGUGUCGAAGUACAUUGUUUGUAUGGAACAGGAGUUCAGACGGUUGAAAGGUUAUUUUAUAAACCAGGAACAUUUUUAGAUGGUUACCCAACACUAAUCUAUGGUGAUGGAGAUGGAACAGUGAACCGAAGGUCUCUGGAAGGUUGCCUUCAUUGGAGAACGCUUCAAAAGCAGAAGGUCUUCGUUAAAGAGUUACCAAAAAUUGAUCAUCUGCAAAUUUUGCAUGACAAGAGUACUCAAAAUUACAUUACUAGUCUUAUAAAAAAAUAUGCAAGAUUAAGGCAGCCAAUGAGAAAAAUCUCAUGA